AUGCAGCAGCAGCUGGCGGGAACCUUGUGUUGUCCCCCGCACAUUGGCUCGAAAGCACGAGACGGUGAGCGAGGUGUCGACACCCGCGGUGCGACGUUUCGCAACCAGCUCUCGCCGAAUGAGUACUUCCACGGCACUCCGGCUGUUGUUGACAACCCCCCUCCCCCUACUGCAGCUCAACGACCAGCACUCCGUGAUCUCUGGAUGAUGUGCGAGGAGGAAAUUCAGGUCACGCAGCGGAUGCCGUCGGAGAAGGUGGAGCUCAAUUCCGACUGCAUAGCGGAGAGACUCUUGAAAGGUGAAGCCAGUGGUUUUCUCAGGGUCGAGGCCAUUCAUGUCAUGCGUGUCUUCCAGCAGACCUGA